CGUUGUCUGGUUCGGAAGCCACUUGCCGACACCAGCACGUGAAUUAGCAUCCAUCAUGUGACCUUUUCAUCACCCAAUCUUCGCAAAUAUUACAUUGCCCCACUUCACUCUCCCAAACCCCACAAGUCGCAAACUCGAUUUCCAACUUGCCCUACUAAAGCACAGACCACAAACUCACGUGCACCACAGAACCACCGGUGGGAGCAAGGGCUCAAUUGUUGCAACCCUUGGAAUUUUAUCGCCAUCAAGACGACAACGACAAUCGACAAAUAUCGCCCCUCCAGCCGCCCAACAAGGUUUGUAAGAGAGAAAUACCGGCAAAAUGACGAAGGGUACCUCCAGCUUCGGAAAGCGCCACAACAAGUCGCACACUCUGUGCCGUCGUUGCGGUCGCCGCUCCCUCCACGUCCAGAAGCACACCUGCGCUUCGUGCGGAUACCCUGCUGCUAAGACCCGGAAGUACAACUGGAGCGAGAAGGCCAAGCGGAGAAAGACCACCGGUACCGGCCGCAUGCGAUACCUCAGCACCGUCACCCGCAAGUUCAAGAACGACUUCCAGACCGGCACCCCCAAGGGCUCGCGCGGCAUCAACAACGUCACGGCAUAAACGGUUUCUUUCUUCUCGGGCAUUGUUUUGAGGGAAGGGAUGGCAAUGGAGUUGUGUUUUAGUUUUUGAGGGGAAAAAAACCUUUGCAAAAAAAGAUUUAUUUUUUUCUCUCGACUCUCAACCGCACAAAACGGCGCGUCACGAUGACCAGCAACACGGAACGGACAAAGGGGGGAUUGAAUUUUUGGGUCGUCUGGUAUUCUGCCCCACGGACAAAAGAAGAGCCGUGAGGGCAACGGACUUUUAUGACAUAUCGCAUUUGUUUGUGGUGGUCGAGACAGGAUCGGUCACGGCGUUAUUGAAAGCAUUUCGGGCUCUUAUCGUCUUCCCGUCCAGAUAAAAAAGUGAAACGACAGGAACUCCUCUGAUGA